AUGGAUAAAUCAGAUGCCAAUGCCAAUGGCAAUGGGGGUACCGCUAUCGUUACACGUACACGUGCUCAAACUACUGAGUCCGCUACUGCUGGUGAUGGUACUGUGGGCGUGGGAGUCCCAACGGAUGAGACCACUGACGAGACAACCUUGAAAGGAUCUUCAGUAAUGAGUUCAGUAAGUUCAGUAAGUACUGGUACUGGUACUGGUACUGGUACUGGUGAUAACGAUAAGGAAAAGGAAAAGUUGGUCGAGGCUGCUUCUGGCGUUCUUGUCCCUGGCUCUAGAUCUGCUGUCCCCGUGCCAGUGGAUGCUCAACUGUUGGAUCUCAAAGCCAAACGUACUGGUACUGGGACCAACAAUAGCAAUACCGGUAUCACCAACGUUGUAGCCAAACUAAGUGUUGAACAGGUUGAACAUGCAGAAGUGGGGGCCAAUGCGGUAACAGAACGAAAACCACUGGAAAAGGAAAACACUUCUGUCCAUGGGAUGCCUCCUGAUUAUAGCCAAAACACGACCUCGGCAGCUGUCCCGUUUGAUGCGUCGCCAUUCCCAGAAUAUAUCCCAGAACCCACAGGGCUCAGGAGAUCGGAUCCAAACAGACCCGUUUAUCAACCGGGCGCCGUGGCUGUCUUUCCCCUUGGAGAUAUCACUGAUAUACAUCUAUAUACUGAUGACGACACAAACACUCUUCCAAGCAGUAGCAGUGACAGUACUUCGCAACACAUGUCCAGUACGGACUUGGCUUCCGGCCAAGAUGUGCUCUUGAAUGCCACGUUGGUGCAGCCGGAGGAGUCCACAGGGGACCACGCGACUCUCGCCAUUACACCCACUCACGAGGUCGUUGAAGCCAAACCAGCCUUGGAAGGAUUCCGGGCCAUCGUCGCUAACAAAAAGUUCAAGUUUGUUUGCUUGGGAUUCAUAAUCAUGCUAUUGGCCGUCGUCAUUCCCGUCGCACUGCGAGAACCGGACACCAUCCCACUUGACUCCACCAAAUGUGGAACCAGGGAAUCCAACCAAGCCGACUAUCGAGGCACCAUUGCACGCACGGAAGCAAACGAACAAUGUCAACGAUGGAACAGUCAAGACCCACACACACACAACUACUACGAUGACCUAUUUAGUGAUGCCGGAUUGGAUGAAAACUAUUGUCGUAAUCCGGGAGGUGAUGCCAGACCGUGGUGCUAUACUACCAACCCCGUCAGCCGAUGGGGAUGGUGUGACGUCCCCUUCUGUGAUGGAAAACCAUAUGUAGAACCUCAAGAGGAGUGCGGAACACUUACCAUCCGCCAAGAAGAUUAUCGUGGCAAAAUCAACAUAACGGCCACAGGGAAAAUUUGUCAGCGCUGGGAUAGCAUGGAACCGCACUUCCAUGAUCGGACACCCGAUCGGUUCCCCAACGCUGGAUUAGAAUCUCACAACCAUUGCCGGAACCCCGAUGGAUCCAGCUCUGCUUGGUGCUUCACAUUGGAUAAUCAAACACGGCGAGAACCUUGCGAUGUUACCCCAUGUGGAAUCAGGAAGACACUGAGGCAUCACAACAAGACUUGUGAAGGAAACUGUACAGUCUAUGAUUGUGGGACGGAGAGCUUGCGACAAACGGACUACCGUGGGACUAUAAAUGUUACCGCCUCGGGUCGUACAUGCCAGAGAUGGGAUUCUCAGGCCCCUCACGCGCACGGAAAAACUCCCACUCAAUUCCCCGAGCUUGAGGAGAACUAUUGUAGGAACCCCGAUGGCAAUACUGCUUCCAUCUGGUGUCAUACCACGGAUCCGAACAAGUGGACUGAUCUGUGCGAGGUACCGUACUGCUCCGAAAGUGUCAGUAUGAGACGGACAUGUGGAACCCUAGCCCUAAAUCAGAACGAUUACAGAGGCGGCAUGGGUACAACAGUGUCUGGCUUUGAGUGCGUGGCGUGGCUGAAGAAUCCAGAUGCCAUUGCUCAGGGUUUCACACCGGAGGAAAUGCACGACGAGGGCCUGUUCGGCGCUUACUGUCGAAACCCUGGCUCGGAACGGAGUAGAGCAUGGUGCUUUGUCGACAAUCCAAACGCAACGAACAGUUGGGAAUACUGUGAUGUCUCUGAUUGCAAGGAGUGUGGGUCUCCCAGUCUUAAAAAGUCAGACUAUCGAGGCACCAAAUCUUCGAGCAGAAGCGGCAAGAAUUGCUUGCAGUGGGUCAGUAAAGCGAACGAAUUGGCUGCGAUGAAUUUGACCAUGGACUACAUGGUUCUCGAGGAAAAUUUCUGUCGCAACUUGGAUGGCAUGAGAGAUGGGGCGUGGUGCUUUGUGGCUGGCAACUCAUCGUCGUCUUGGGAGUACUGCAAUUUGCCUGACUGCGAAGAAUUGCCGCAACUCCCCCAAGCCGACCCGCACGUCUGCGGAUCGUUGCAUCUCCAUCAAGCGGACUACACAGGAAACAUCAGCACGACAGUCAGUGGACUAGAGUGCCAGCAAUGGAGCAGUAUGGAACCCCACCCUCACAAGUACAACCCAGACGAGAAACCGGAGCUAGAAGAGAACUACUGCCGAAAUCCUGACGGACCGAACAGUCUUGGGGCGUGGUGUUUUACGCAAUCAACUGAAGUUUUGUGGGAGUAUUGCAGAGUACCCCCAUGCUUCACAAAGGACUCUAGCUCCACGUGUGGGACUCUGCUCCUCAAACAACAGGACUAUCGAGGCUCUAUCAACAGAACCUCCCAGGGAAUCCCUUGUCAACGGUGGGACAGUCAGUUCCCUCAUCGUCACAAGUUCGCACCUGAAACGAGCAUGUUUGACUUGGAGGAGAACUACUGUAGAAACCCGGACGGGUCGGAUCGGGCUUGGUGUUUUUCAUCUGAUCCGACGAUUCUUUGGUCCUACUGCGACGUUCCAACUUGCGACUAG